GAUUGGGCAGGUAUAUAAACACGUAGCUGUCUGGAGAUGAUAUUCAGUAAUCAACACGAUUUCAUUACUUUCUCUAGCCUCCGGAGUCUAUAACGAUUGAAAAAAACAAUAUGAAAUUCCUCGUCGUUGUGAUUUUCGUCUGUCUCGCUGGUGCUCUGGCCCAGGAGUUAACCGAAGCCCAAAGACGGAGACUUAGAGAGCAUAGAGAUAUUUGUAUAAGAGAGACAGAUGCUAACAGAGCCGAGGUCGACAGGGCUCGUCAGGGCCAAUGGGCUGAUAACCCUCAAAUCCGUUGUUUCGCUUUGUGCAUGAUGAGGCGGUUACGUUUGAUGAGUGAAGAUGGUCAACUGAAUGAAGCUGCGGCUCGGCAGAGAUUGGCGUUGGUAGUUCCGCGUGAAAGGGUAGAAGAGAUCAUGACGAAGUGCAAGGAUCUGAAGGGCAACACUCCCUGUGAUACUGGCUAUUUGGUCCUGAAGUGCUAUACUGAUAACAGAGCAAACGUCGUCUAAUACUAAUUCGCAAUCGCUGCUCUAUUAAUAAUUGAUAAUUGGAAUAUCACCAGCGAUGGGGAUGAUGUAGCGUAGGUUCUGCCAUUUUUUCAAGCUGAGCAGCAUUUAUUUCGCUUAAAGUAUUCGCCCGCAGGGAACAAUAUACAGCGAAGAUUUUGGGCACAUAUUACUAAAAAAAUAUAUAAAAUAUAUCUUCCAUAUGUUAUCUAUAUAGCCUAUAUAUGGGGCAGAUCAUUUUGGGUUGAUUGAAAUAUAUGUCGAAGGAUAAAUCUCAUAUAGGCCUCAAAUAUAUCAUUUUAUGAUUGAAAAAGAUGUGAAAUAUAUGUAUUUCCCUGACUUGUCAUUUGUCACAUAUAUUUUACAGAUAUUUUGCACACCACAGCGACAUUAUUGGUAGCUUUGUGUUUUCUGUGAUGCUAAUGUAUAUAAAAUAUAUUUCGACAUGUAUUCCUGCCUCCUGUAUGGAUGUAGAAUCAACAAGAGGAAUAAUGGAAAAUCAAAAACGUUCUUCGAUGUAGUAAGAAACCACCUAAUAAACCUCUGACACCUUAUGACAACCAUAAUAACAA